AUGGGAGAUCGUUCGGAAGAGUUCCAGCGACAAGUUGCUGAGCCAGGAGUGUGGUCGUGGCUUUGGCUGCUCACACUGGGGUCGAACUUGUUUUACGGUGGCUACGACCCGCGGCUCCUGAAGAGCAGAGCGAUCGAGCGACCGAGAGCUACCCCAUCGAAGGCGCAGUCCAUGGCUCUGCACCUGCUCGCGCAGAAGGUCGACUAUUUCCUGGACCUGGACGUGGUCGUACCGUGCGAGGAUUGGGCUGCGAGCCUCAAGUCCGCGCGCAUUGCCUAUGACGGCAGCGCCGUGGAGCGGGCCCAGAGGCUCUCGUGGCCCCAGGUGCUUCCGGUGUUGCCGCGCCCCGAGCACUGCGCAAGCAUACCAGCUGAAAAGAUAGCCGAGGGCGUCGUCAAGGAGUUCCUGGAGAACCCGCGCUGGUGCCUGCUGGACUUGGACGCCCUGGAGGCCCCCCCGAAGGCGGGGGCGCUCCUGAUCCAGCCUGGUGAGGACCUCGUCAUCGCCAAGGAGCUGAUUUCGAGGGGUCUUUGCGUGGCUCUUGAGGAGCACGAGCUGUUCAAGAUUGGUUCAGGGUUCCUCCUCAACGGGGUAUUCGGGGUCCCGAAGGGGGAGCAGCUGGGGCCCGAUGCCAGCAGCCGGCGCGGCCAGGACGUGCUCCGUUUCAUUAUGAACUUGACCGCCUCCAACAGCGUGCAGGAGCUCUGGGCGGGGGACAUCAACCUCCUGCCGCAUUUCGGGAUGUGGAGAUUCAUCAUGUUGGAGGGCGAGCAGGAGCUAGCCUGGAGCUGGCCGGACUUGAAGGGGUGCUUCUACUUAUUCCGUUUGCGGCGGACCUGGGCCCCCCUGUUCGCUUUCAAUUGGCAUUACGAGGCGUCCGAGCUCGGGGUGCCUGGGCAUGGCCGUCGUUGGCUGGCCUCUGUCAACUUGCCAAUGGGAUGGAAGUCCGCCAUGGGCUUGGUGCAAUACUUGCAUCGCAAGCCCCUCAUGCGGACAGGAGCUCCAUCAAGGGCCCUCCCCGUCCCGAGGGAGCUCCGGAAGGACCGCGCGGUUCCGCCUUUACUGCCGGGCGGCGGCGACAUGUCAGCGUUGUGGCAGAUCUACGCGGACGACCUCGACGUGCCCGAGAUUUUCUCUUCGAGGGAGGAUCUGGAGGCGGCCAGGGCGGGCGGGUCCGCCGCGUACUACGACGCGGCGCGUGCCCGAUACGCCGCUCGCGAGGUGCCGACGUCCGCGGAGAAGGCGGGCGACAGACUGCAGAUCGCCCAAAGGCUGGGUGCACGGAUCGAUGGAGCGGCUGGUGUCGUUGGCGCGGACGCCAGGCGGAUCGGCCGCAUCAUCGGCAUGACGCUGCACGUCCUCACGAAGGACGCCUGGAGCGCCAAGGAGUUGCAGGUGCUGGGUGGCCAUUGGACGCAUCUGUUCCAGUUCCGCCGGGAGGCGUCGAGCCUUUUGGUCCACUUCUGGCCGCUGCUGACGACGGCGCUUCGGCGUCGGAAGGUCGCGGCCACGGAGCUCGUGAGGACCGAGCUGUGGCUGUGCGUUGUUCACCUGCCGCUGCUCGCUGUGUCUCUCAGGUCGGCUAUCGACCCUGUCGUCACGGCGUCCGACGCCUCCGAGCAGGGCGGGGGCCGUUUGCGCAUCCCGGGGCUUCACACCCACCGGGCGCCUGGACGCGCGACGGACGGCCUCGGCUUGGAUAGCCUCUGCGAUGGGAUCGGCGGCGCGAGGCAAGCCCUGCACCUGCUGGGGAUCACGCCCGCCAUGUAUUGCAGCAGCGAGGUGGACGACGCGGCCCUCAGGGUCAUCCGGGCGCGCUGGCCCGAAGCCGUGGAGCUCGGCGGCACAGAAAGUAUUUGCCAGGCCACUUUCGACCCGUUGGCCAGGAAGUUUUGCAACCUGUCGUUGAUCGUGGUCGUGCUGGGUGCCCCCAGCCAUGGCCCGAGCCUGCUGUUCAGGUUCGUCGAGGCGGUGGCAGCGGUGCGGCGUGCGUUCGCAUACUGCGAGGUCCUGUGGCUCGCGAAGUCAGUGCCCAACAUGGGGGCGCAGUCGGAGGAGCAGUUUUCGGGUCUUCUGGACCAGCGUCCGCUCCACCUGUGCCUGGGGCUGGCGGGCCCAGUGAGGCGGCCGCGUUUGUAUUGGACGAGUUGGGGUUGGUCAGUCACUGCCUGUUGCCGCUCCAGGGUGAGCACGACCCAGAGAGGAUUGGAGGCGGUCGUCGAGGCCCCCUGGCCAUCAUCCGCCUCCGCCCUCGAGCCUGGUGCUCGGCCUCACGAACCAACCACUGGGUCGUAUGAAGCUUUCGCCAGGGCGGCGAGGAAGAAGCGCCCUCCGCAUAGGCUGGCCGGUUGUGAGGACUGCGACCUGGACACGUUGGCACGGUGGCAGGCCGAUGGCAUGCGGUACCCGCCCUGCCAGUACAAGCCGGCCAAUUGCGUCUGGCAGCGCAGGCAGGGGGCAUCAGCGGCGAGGCUGCGCCCUCUGGUGGCCAACGAGAGGGAGGCCAUGAUGGGCUACCCCAGGGGCUACACGAAGCGGGCCCUGGGGCGCGCGAGUCAGAGUCAGGCCGCCCAGCUAGAAGAUGCCAGGUGCGCGCUGAUCGGGGUCAGCUCCCACGCCCCGUGCAUCGCCUGGCUCUUCGGCUCCGCGUUGCACGAGCACGGUCUGCUGGAGGCCAGGCCUGACUUCGCCCAGUGCUGGGGCACGCUCGCGGAGGAGGCGGCCGACGGAGUAUUGAGGCGCCUCCUUGACUCGGGAGGCGGCGGGCGCUCGCUGAAGGAGGAAGCCGUGGCUCUCCUCCACCGUUCGGCCAUGUUGAAAGGCUCGGACGUUCGCAGGCAUUUGGCCUAG